ACGGGUGCCAUCUCGGUCUCGAUGUCAAGGAUUGGCAGAGGAGCAAUGACUUGGCGUUGCCUGUCAGAUGAGAGCAGUCGUAUAUAGAAGAGACAAGCUUUGCACUUGCUUUCUUAUCAUCAUCACAUAUUUCCAGGGCUAUUCGUAACCUCACGCGUCGACCGCUUGGUCUCGAGUCGAAAGAAGCGAUCUAAAAGCGCCCGUCACCCGUCCCCAUCGUAGACAAGUCAGGAUGUCGUCGACUACAACGUCUACGGCCACAAUGCCCCCUGCCGCUGGCUUCACUCCAAAGCCAACAAUCAAGAGCAAGAACCAGAUGGCUUCCAGCUGGCUCACGCAGGACCCCUCAACCUGGGAUCGUAGCCAGCGUCUUCUCCACAAGCUCGGCGCCGUUCAGUUCCUCCCGGACAUGAAUCUGCCCAAGUUCGACGCAUCGCACCCGGUCCCUUACUUCCCCAUCUGGAAGCAGUGGGCCUGGUGUCUCCCUCGCAUUCUACCCCCCAUCGCCGUCAACUGGGCCGUAGUCAAGGCUUUUGGCUCUUUCCACCCUGUGGCUGCUUUCCUCUUCUAUGCGGCGUACCUCAUCUGGUUCGCCCUCAGCACCCUCGCCCUGCUGCAACGAAUGUCAGUCAGAUACGGCGUCUUCGACGGACAGAAGGCGAGGGACGGCAUUCCGGACGUGCUCAGUGACAAGGUUUUCUCAAGCUUGCUCUCUACGGUGACGGUCAGGCCUCUCUUUGCCACCUUCUUCGCAUUCGAUCGAUUUGAGCUGCCCAGCAUCAACCCCUGGGCGGUCGUCUUCCAGGUGGCCGUCUACGCCACGGUACUCGACUUCUACUUCUACUGGUACCACAGACUGAUGCAUGAGGUCCCCUGGCUCUGGCGUCUACACAGCCUUCACCACCGCACAAAGCAUCCUCAAGCCGCGCUUGCGCCCUUUGCCGACGGUAUUCAAGAGAUUGGCGACAUCCUCGUCAUCCCUCUCAUGACCUACUUGACCUGUUCCCGGCUCUUCCACAUCAACUUCGCAACUUGGUGGGUUGCCACAACCAUGAUUCUCUUUACGGAGGCCAUGGGUCAUUCGGGCAUCAGGUUGUACUGGCCGGUCCCUACUACCGGCCUUUUCCUCCAACCCUUCGACGCCGACCUGGCACUUGAGGACCACGACAUCCACCACCGCGCUGGAUGGAAGAAGGCCAAGAAUUACGGGAAACAGACGAGGUUGUGGGACGUCAUCUUCGGGACGUCCGGGCAGAGGAUUGAGGGGCAUAAGGCUAACAUUGAUUACUCGGUUACGGUUAGCCCUUGGUAGUGAAUGGCCGCUAUUUACAAAUGUCUUGGCUCUUGGUUUGGUGACGACGGCUCAUGCUUUCUAAUGAUAUGCUCUCUUCUCUGACUCUUAGUCCCGCGUGGCCCCUGUUCACAUCUGCAUCUCCGCAUCCUCGAUCAAGUACUCAGUCCUCCUCGCCAUCUGUUGGCGCCCGUACGGCAAGGCUCCGCGACCAGCCCAAGCUCCGUCC